CCCUCGCUUUUUCCUCUCCUCGCGAAGUCAGCGGCAGCAGCAGAAGUAGUGCGCGGCUCUUUACCCCGUGCGUCCUCGGACAGCGCUCCCGCUUCACCCACCUCAGUCCCCGAGCACCGGAGUCAAGGAUUCCCAGGGAUAUCUUCUUUUUGUCAGGAAACCUUUGGCUGAUCCAGGAUCAGUGAUGGUGGCCAUUUUUCUCUGACUGACUCUGUGGCAAUGGUGAUUGACAGAUGAUCUGACAGAGGAAGACAUCAGAAGCCGUCUCCGUGCUGGUUAUCAUGGGGUGUGCCUGUUGCAAGCACAAGAAGUCUGCCAAAGAAGCAGCAGCGUCGGCAGCAGUAGACAUACCGGGUCUGUCUCCUAGCAACGCAGAUGGGUUCUCCACGGCCUUGAAUCAGGGCCGUUACUGCCCUGACCCAACUCAGACCAUCCCAGACUUCAACUCAUCCAGCAGCGUAUUCCCCAACACCAGCAUCAGCCAGCGAUCAGGAGGCAUAACAGGUGGAGGAGUCACCCUCUUUAUAGCUCUGUAUGACUAUGACGCUCGCACUGAGGAUGACCUCACUUUCCUGAAAGGAGAAAAAUUCCAGAUCAUUAACAACACCGAGGGUGACUGGUGGGAAGCUCGCUCUCUGGACACUGGCCAUUCAGGUUACAUCCCCUCCAACUACGUAGCUCCGGUGGACUCCAUACAAGCUGAAGAGUGGUAUUUUGGGAAGAUGGGAAGGAAGGAUGCAGAGAGACAGCUGUUGGGUCACGGCAACCCAAGGGGGACUUUCCUCAUACGAGAGAGCGAGACCACCAAGGGUGCUUACUCUCUUUCCAUCCGUGACUGGGAUGAUAACAAGGGAGACCACGUGAAACAUUAUAAGAUUCGUAAGCUAGACAAUGGCGGCUACUACAUCACCACUAGAUCACAGUUUGAUACCGUGCAGCAGCUGGUCGUGCACUACCAAGAGAGAGCGGCGGGACUGUGCUGCCGUUUGAUUGGCAGCUGUAAGCGGGGCAUGCCUAAGCUGGCCGACUUAUCAGUGAAGACCAAGGAUAUGUGGGAGAUUCCCCGCGAAUCUCUCCAGCUGAUUAAGAAACUGGGCAAUGGCCAGUUCGGAGAAGUCUGGAUGGGCAUGUGGAACGGCACCACCAAGGUAGCGGUGAAGACUCUGAAGCCAGGAACCAUGUCCCCUGAGGCCUUCUUGGAGGAGGCUCAGAUCAUGAAGAGACUCCGUCAUGACAAGCUGGUGCAGCUCUACGCCGUUGUGUCUGAGGAGCCCAUUUACAUUAUCACCGAGUUCAUGAGCCAAGGAAGCUUGCUGGACUUCUUAAAAGAUGGAGAGGGGCAGAGUCUGAAGCUGCCUCAGCUGGUUGACAUGGCUGCACAGAUUGCAGCUGGAAUGGCGUACAUCGAGAGGAUGAACUACAUCCAUCGUGACUUGCGAGCAGCUAACAUCCUUGUUGGAGACAAUCUGGUGUGCAAGAUCGCCGACUUUGGCCUUGCUAGGCUCAUCGAGGACAAUGAGUACACAGCCAGACAAGGGGCGAAGUUCCCCAUCAAGUGGACGGCUCCAGAAGCUGCGCUGUAUGGACGCUUUACUAUCAAGUCAGAUGUCUGGAGCUUUGGCAUCCUACUAACUGAACUCAUCACUAAGGGACGUGUGCCAUAUCCAGGAAUGAACAACCGCGAAGUGCUGGAGCAGGUGGAGCGGGGCUACCGGAUGCCUUGUGCCCCGGGCUGCCCCACCUCGCUCCAUGAACUGAUGCUGCAGUGCUGGAGGCGGGAGCCUGAUGAGAGGCAUACCUUUGAGUACCUGCAGUCCUUCCUGGAGGAUUACUUCACUGCCACAGAGCCACAGUACCAGCCCGGAGAAAACCUGUGACCACACACAUGUGGGGCAGCCAUGACGCAAUAAAUUGACGGAGACAGACACAUGCAUACAAAUACGCUGACAGGCAUGCUGUAGUACAUACUCAAUGCUCUCGGGGUAUUCGACGUGCACGUACCAUACAGGAUACAAACACAUAUAAAGAACCAUAUCAUUGCUUUGUUUUAACAGUUUAAAGACAGUUUCCCCUCUUUGGUCUUUGUUCACUGCAGCUUGUUCAGGACAGAUCAGUUAGGCGUGUUGAAGAGUCGGAGCUCUUCUGGUCAGGCCUCGCAGUAAUGUUGCUUCACUGUGUAACCAUGACAACAAGGAACUGAAAGAAGAUGUAGAUGGCUGUGUCGGGGUGGGGGGGGGGAGUCGAGUGGGUACAUGAUCUGUUCAGCUGCCAUAUAUGUUCAGGUCCUUUGAUUUCUCUUUCUGUGAAGAGCUAGGUUGACUUUUUGCCUGAGAUAAAUUUGUUGCAACAGAAAGCGCCGCAGGUGCAACAGGUGAUUAUCACACAUUGUUUUAAACAGUCUCCAUAAGCAGUUGAAAUCAACCUCAUGCACCUAUGUGGUAAACAACUAGAUUAUACAGAUUGUGUACCAGGAUCACACUUCUGUCUUAAGUGAAUAGAGAUCAGUUUUUAUCAUGAAAAGAGGCUGCUGAACUGAUAACAGAUUCAUGCCUGUCUCCUGCUUUCCAUUUUAUCUCCACCUUGUGCCUUAAACUGGUCAAAUGAAAGACUGUUUCCAAAUAAGUACCUUUAAAACCGUGCUAUAAAACUUUGAGGGAUGGUCAAGAAUGCGCUUUAUUUGUCUGAUAUUUUGUAUGACAAUUUUGUAUGAAUUGUCUCUUUUGUUGUUUUAAUUUAACUCUGAUAUAUCUGUGCAUCACAAAGAUUUCUAUAUCUAGUUAUCAUGUAUACAAUUUUCCUUUGGGAGGGCAGGGCAAUACGGUAUCCAUAACAGGGAAAACAAAAAAAUCAGAGGACUGUGGAAGGAUGGUGUCUGAAAUGAAUGUAAGCUUGAUGAUGAGAUUCCCCUGUCAUGUUGUAAUAAAGAUCAGAUAUCUUUUUUUGA